GGUUUUAGAUGUGUUUUAGGAUAAAAUGACUGUAUUUUUUUCUCGGUGUAUAGGAACUUUCCAAGAGAGCUAACAACCAAGACAACACACCAGAGAAUCUCGUCCAUAUUCCACGUUCCCUCACUAUGGAUAAAAAGCGUGCUGUGGCGCCAUCUAUGACCCAACCACGUGAACCUAAGGUAGCCAAGCGUGAGACUGCCGAUGACAGAGGCGCGAGUGCAGCGACGUCUGCCGGUCAUCCAGCGUACUGCCAUUCUGAGAGUUGCAGAGGACUAAAAUUGUCUGAAAUGCUGCAUAAACACCAGCAGUGCGUUGAGGAGAUCGACAAACUAAACGAGAUUAUUCACUUGUCGAAUGAUGAGAAAUUAAAAGAAAUCCUCAGGUUGAGGGAGGAAUUGAAAUCCAUGAAGUCGUUGAUGUAUGAUUCUGUAAAGGAAAAAGAAUCAACGCUCAUCGAAGGAAAAACGCUAAAGGAGCAGCUGCUGAAAACAUCUCAGAUUGCAAAAGACAUGGCUCAGAAACUUGAAAAACUGGAAAAACUGAAGCAAAAGACUACCACAAGUGCUGUUGAAAAGGAAAAGAAACAAACUGAGGAAGAGAUACAAGUUCUGAACAAAAAACUUCACACGGUGAUGGGCGGUAACAUGCACUGGCAGGUGUACAACACUCAGAGGGACCACUACGUCAACACCCUCAUGCAACAGCUGGAUCACCUGAAGCUCGAGGUCUCCGAGUCCCACGAGAAACACGCGGGAUCUUGCGACGAGGAAAUGCUAGAGGACGCCGAGAGGACGAUUGCCAGUGUUAAGGCGAAAAUUGACGAGAUUCAUCGAGAAAAGGAAGUGUUAAAAGACGAGCUCAUGCACUUUAAGGAGCUCUGCGACGUUAAGGAUCGCCAUAUUAAAGAACUGGAGACGCAGGUGGAACGCCAGAGCCCGCCCAGCUCCCCCACCACGGCGGGGCUCCUCCGCACCAAGAUCCAGAUAUGCACAGAGGACUUCGAGGCCGAGAGGAAAGACAGAGAACGGGCACAAGCACGAAUACGAGACUUGGAGGAGGAGAUUGAACUGCUGAAGAGACAGCUGUCAAUGUUCCAACAAACUGCCAUGUCUCAGAUGAAGAGCAGACGAGAGGCGGCCUUGGCGCGUUACAGGCGAGAAUACGAGGCACAACACCCAGAAUACCGGGAGCAGAACCGUUGCUUGGAAGGUAAUACAGUGGUUGACAGAAAUGAUUUGGAAGGCGGAUUUGACGAAAUUGACUAGACGAUAAUCUCUGUAUUUCAUGUCUUGACAAAGCGUGACUUUGGUUCUCAAUGAACGUAUACAUGUAAAUAUCGCAGUCGACGACAAAAUAAAUAAUCACAUUAAUAAGUAGCAUUUCUCUGCAAAUCGCCCUAUAGAGUAUUGCUUGCGAUGGGACCAGAACGAUUCAGGAAAGAUUUGUUAGUGAGGUUUCAAAUGUCCCUAUCUGACAACCAAUGUGUAGACUUCUUAAAUUUGUCUCGCCCAAAACUUAUCGGAAAAUAAUGUUUAACUGUUAAAUUUACUUUUAUAUACAUGUGCAUUUUUAUAUUUUUACAGAAUCAAGCGUUUAUAUAACAAAUGUUCAGGAAUUUCAUACAAGGACCCUUGUAUCUUUUACGCACCUUAAGUAGUUUUAUAUAGCACAUAUUAAAAAAGGAAAAAAUUAA